GUCACCCUUCGCCGUGCCUUUCAUCAAUCCAGUGACGUCGCCAUGGCAGUCCCUUCGCCGGGUGGGAGCCGGAUGUCACGGCGUUUGCAGGACACCUUGAUGCGCUAUGGCCAGGUGGGUUUGGUGGUGCACUUCUGCCUCUCCAGCAUCUCCCUCGUUUCCUGCUACUUGGCCGUGCGCCACGGUGAGCACGUGGAGCAGUUGCUGGAGCUGGUCGGCAAAGGCCACGAGGAGCCCUCGGAGCAUUCGCAGGUCGUGGGUGCUGGAAGUAGCAUGGUGAUGGCCUUUGUUCUCCACAAGGCCUUGAUGCCCCUGCGCGUGCCCGUGACCGUGGCGGUGACGCCCUUGGCCGCCGCCAUCUGGACGCGUGUGGCGGCACGUUGGCUCUGAUGCGGCACCCAAAAGCGCGGCCCACGCGGCACGUGCCCGUGCGGGUUCUUGGAUGGCCCCCCACGAGGCAGGUCGCGAGGAAAACAUGAGGUAUGAUGUGGGACCCUAGGCCCUUUGACUCAAAACCUUGUUGCCUGGAUUCGAGGCAUGGAAUGAUCGCAUGAUAUCUGGGCAUUGCGACGCCUUGGAGGAAGAGAAGCUGGAGUGCUGGAUGAAUGCAUCCGCAGAAUACCUGCCCUUUUUUCGGUGUGAUGACACCCGCGUGAAUCACGUGUCCGGUGUGUGGCACGUGUCGGUGUGUGGUGUUUGUGCACGAUUCCGUGAGCGCGAGAAAGCACCGAGCGGGCCGAGCAGCUCGG